GUUGCUGCCUUAAUCAAUCAAAAACCCUCGUCUAUUGUUGCUGAAGUAGGGGAAAACGUGAGGUUGCAGUGUAAAGCUACAGGUCUUCCAAAACCAACGAUAACGUGGCGGAGAGCGUUUGGCUCCUUGCCAAGAGGGAAGACUGCAGUGGAUCAUGGGAAAUUGACAAUUCGUAACAUAGCUAAAGCUGAUAGCGGGGAUUAUGCAUGCUCAGCAAAGAAUUUUCUCGGACAGGACUUCGCUGUUGCUCAAGUGACGGUCUUUGAACGGCUCGCAUUCAUACUUACUCCUCCCCUGAAAGUCACUGUAUCACAGUCAAGCAACAUGCUGUUAAACUGUUCAGCUCAAGGAAACACCGAGAUCACAUGGAAGAGAACUGGUAAACUUUUACCUCACAAUCACGUGGUUUAUCCAAAUGGAACUUUGCUUCUCAGGAACGUGGUUUCAAACGAUGCCGGAACAUAUACUUGCGUGGCCAAAAACGCACUUCGUUCUGUUGAGGCGACUUCCAUUGUUGAAGUGAUAAUGAAGUCCUGUAGCAGUAUAAAAGCAGGAAGCUCUUCAGGUAAUUAUAUUAUUGACCCUGAUGGCAAAGGAGGCGUGGCUCCGUUUAAUGUGUAUUGUGAUAUGAGUGACAAGGGAGGAGUUGGCGUGACAGUCAUAAGUCACGACAGUGAGGGUAGGACACGUGUGAGUGGAUAUGCAUAUGAAUGUCAAGGUUGUUACAGUAAAGAUGUGACUUACACUGGAGUUAGCUCUGCUCAGUUGGCAGCACUCACUCGAGUCUCACAAAACUGUGAACAGUUUAUCAAGUUUGAAUGCAAUAAUGACGUAGGUUUUAUUGACCAUGGCUGUGCCUGGUGGGUGUCACGUGACGGAACACGUAUGAACUACUGGCGUGGAGCUACAGGAUAUAACAACAUGUGCGCAUGCGGAGUAGCAAACUCUUGUAUGGGAGGUAAGAAGUGUAACUGCGAUUAUCAAAGCACAACAAUUGGCUGGAGACAGGACAGCGGUCUACUGACAGAUAAAUCUACUCUUCCUGUGACUCAGAUCAGACUGGGAGACUUGGGUGAUUCACGUGAGGAAGGUUAUCACACAUUAGGAAAACUCAAAUGUUAUGGACAGGCAUGA